AUGGACCUUGGCAAAGGUUUCGAGGAACUCAUAAACAGGAAUAUUAGCAAAGUAUGGCUCCAGUUACCUGCCGACCAGUCGGAGGACCAGUUCGGGAAUGCAUCGUCCUUAAUAGAGCUUGUACAGCGGCACGGUACGGAAAAUGACGAUGAUUUCCAAAUCAAUUCGCAAAGCAAUGACCCUGACGGAUACCCGGUUCAGCUUCUCGCACAGGAUGUGGGCAAGUACGAUGAGCUCGAAAAAUCGGUUCGCGAAGCUGUGAUGGCUGGCAACAUGGCAGCCAUGGACCAGGAAGCGGGCCGCAUCGGCUCGCUUCCGCCGAUAUUCCGCGUGAUCCUUAUGGUCGUGGUUGGCAUGGUCGGUUUUGGUGUGGAUCUGCAAGUGUUACAAUACAACCUUGACCCUCACGAUGGUACACGCACGUUUUAUGCUGAAAUUUGGGAGGUGAUUGCUUUGUGUGGACUCAUUGCGCUGUGGGUUAUCUCUGGUCCAUUCCGGGGGAUCCAAAAGGCAUCGAUACGUAUCCUGCGCCGGCUUCUUUCUCCUUCUAUACAGCAGACGAUCCAAUUUUCGGAUGUAAUUGCAGCAGAUAUACUAACGUCUUUUGCCAAAGUGCUUGGCGACGUCUGGCUCUCGUUUGUGAUUCUGGUAUGUCUCUGCGACGGCAUUAUAGUCGGAGAGCGCGUGUUGUGGUCACAGCAGUCUAGUAUGGCCAUUCCUAUUCUAAGCAGUGUGCCCUACUUGAUUCGCCUUCGACAAUGCAUUAGUGAAUACCGCACUUCGGCUCCGCUCGGGCGCCAGCCCAAGUCCAAGCGGCCACUGUACAAUGCGCUCAAGUAUGCAUCUGCAUUCCCUGUCAUUUGGCUGAGUGCAUGGCAGCAAAAUGCGCAUGAUGUGCUAGCGAAGAAUAAUGCACGUCAUACGUUUAUGUCCAUGCGCCUGGACGGACUUUUUCCCAGUCUUUGGCUUGUCUCUGUGCUUUUCAAUACACUCUUUUCCUUCUGGUGGGAUAUCACUAAUGACUGGGGCUUGGACUUGCUACUCCCAUCCAGCUUUUCAAAAAGUCUGCAAGCAUUUUAUCCACACUGGCCUACAUUGCACCGCCGCUUCGAACCACAGAACACGCUUCCGCAGGACAAGAGCGCGCUCGAUGAGCAAGAAGAGGGCAUUGUUCGGCCAGUCCAUGCGCGCCGUCAAAGCAUUUUACGUGUUCCAGAAAAGCCAUUGCCACUUCCGAUGUCUGUAUACUAUGUAUUUAUCAUUGUGGAUCUCCUGCUGCGGUUUACAUGGUCGCUCAAAUUGAGCUCGCACUUGCAGUACCUUGCGGAAUGGCAGUGUGGGCUUCUCCUCCUCGAGGCCCUCGAGCUCAUCCGCCGGAGUGUGUGGGUUAUUUUACGCGUAGAAUGGGAAAUUGUCCGCCGCGGCGCUAUAUAA